CGCCCCGCCGCCCUCUCGCCCUGUUCUUGCUUCGGCUCCCUCCAAGGCCCCGGUUCUUCCUUCCCUAUAGCCACAAGGGCGUGACCGGGGAAGGGAGAAUGGGGCUCGUUCGGCUUUGGGCCGUCUUGGCGCUCUUCUUCUUGCCUUUGGCCUUCUGCGGCGGGGCCGGCGUGGAGGAACCGGCGCAGACCGAAGUGCUUCGACCAACAAAUGUUGAAAUAAAAACAUAUAAUUUCAAGACCACCUUACAUUGGGAUUACCCAGACAUAUCACCAGAGCCUGUCUUUACUGUACAAAUUCAAUGCUACAACAGGGGCAAUUACAUGGAUGUACGUUCCUGUGUAAAUAUAUCACAACAUUAUUGUGACAUCACCCACGAGAUCAAUUAUGAGUGUGAUCCGUCGUGGGCAAAAGUUAAAGCUUUUGCUGGAUCACGUCAAUCUGAAUAUGAGGAUAGUAAGAAAUUUCACCCGUUCAGGGAUGCUCAAAUUGGACCAUCAAAGUUUAACCUCUCUGUUGUGAGUGAUGAAAUCAAAGUUUUUAUUGAGCAUCCCCUCACACCGUAUGAAGGAAAAUACCCACUUAGUGUGAAGGCAAAUCUUACUGAUUUUUCCUAUUCCAUAUUGCUUUGGAAGCAAGCAAGUCCUCAUAAGAUUGUCUCAUUUGAAGCUGAGGAAUGUGAGAUGGAUUUUUGUACUAAAUAUCUUCCAGUUUCUUUGGGAUUCACAUACUGUGUUUCAGUUCAAGGAAUUUCAAAAGACUAUUCAGUGGAGGGUGAAAAAUCAAACGCAAGCUGUAUUAUUCUUCCUGCCAAGCAUCCAUUAGAUGUAGCGGGAUCUAUCAUAGGAGUUGUUGCUGUUGCUGUUGCUGCUGCUGUGGGUAUUGCAGUAGUGUUGGCUUGCAAAUGGGCUAAGCGGAGAAACAUUCCUCUGCCCAAAUCUCUGGUUUCUAUAGUAAGAAGCAUAAAGCCUGCCAACAGCUUUGAGACAAGAACAGAAGGGAAAUACACUGCUAUAUCGUCUUUAAAUUGUUACCCAGCGCGUGAAGAUGAAAAGCCAGAGGAACCAAUCGAGCACUUAACAGAAGUUGAGACCAGUGACCUGGAGGUUUCUGGCAAGACCGCUGUUGAAUCCCAAACCAUCCAGGAAGCCUCUGCUGGCGAAAGCUGUGAAAAUGAAUUGAGCCAUGAAGACAGCGACAGUUACUUUAAAUCUGUCAGUGACCAAGAAAAAAUAUGUGACAGUCUUCCAAAUGAGGGUGUUCCCAGAGCAGAUGUACAACAAUCCACAGACCUAGGAGCCUGUAGAAAGAUGUCUGGGUACGACAAACCUCAUUGGAUGAUCCCUGACACUGGUGGAUGUGAACCACCGAUUGCAUAGAUGUCCAAUGAUGAGUUGAAGCCAGAGAGAAAAAAUGUAUAUGCUAGAGUGAAGGACUGAGAAUCAGAAGUUUACAAAACUGAAGACUUGACUGGUGGACAUGCAUUAAAACUGAGCUGAUGCUUAAAGUCUGAGAUACUAAAUGGGGAUACAGUAUUGUAUCUGCUGAAUCAACUUUCUCUUAAUAAUCAUGACUUUUUGAUAUGAGAGCAUGAAGUAUCCAGUGGAACAAGUUCUGCUUGGUAACCUCUUGUGUACAUGGAGGUCUUCUUCCAUUGAAGUGACUAGAUUAGCACAUCUGACUGUUCAAUAUUGAUCUCCUGCUGUCUGUGAGGAAGCACUUAUGAAAAAUACACUCCUUAUGUCUUUUCUCUAAUUGAAUGUAUGUUGUAGAAGGAAUAACUCGAAGUAUAGGAUAGGAGUCAAUACACUGAUCACUUUAGAACGCAUUAUCCUGAAGGAGUGGCUAAUUUACCUGAUUUUAUGUAAUCAUCAUUACAGCCUACAGUUACUGGGCACAUUGUAUUUUUUCAUCAGUUUUAUUUUGAUAUUUAAAUGUUAAGGGUUUUACUCUCAGCAGAUAUUUAAUGUCAGUUUUGAGAAUUAAGAGACAAAAUAGGGGCUCUUAAUUUCCUGCUUUGUAAUCAUUUACUAUUUUUCUGGUCAAGUUUUCAACAUUCUCUGUAGCCACUACACCAGUGGUGGCAAACUUCUGGCACUCCAGAUGUUCAUGGACUACACUUCCCAUCAGCCCCUGCCAGCAUGGCCAAUUGACCAUGCUG